CCCAGCUGUGCACUCUCCGUCCAGCUGUGCGCGCACGUCGGGAGUCCAGCCAUGUCCGCCGAGAAAGAAGCAGCGGAGACGGCCACUGUGGUGGCGGUGGCCGAGGCAGGGGCCGGGGAAGAUGCCCCUGCGGAGCCCCCCAAAGCCGAGGCACCGACCGAUCCCCAGCCCAGCGCAGCCUCCGAAGGGGCGGCGGCCGCCUCUCCGCCGCCGCUGCGCUGCCUGGUACUCACCGGCUUCGGCGGCUACGACAAGGUGAAGCUGCAGAGCCGGCCCGCCGCGACCCCGGCCCCGGGCCCCGGCCAGCUAACGCUGCGCAUCCGGGCCUGUGGACUCAACUUCGCCGACCUCAUGGCUCGACAGGGGGUCUACGACCGGCUGCCGCCGCUGCCCUUCACCCCGGGCAUGGAGGGCGCGGGCGUGGUGAUCGCCGUGGGCGAGGGAGUGAGCGACCGUAAGGUAGGGGACCGGGUGAUGGUGUUGAUCCGGUUAGGAAUGUGGCAGGAGGAAGUGACUGUACCAUCAGCAAACACCUUUCUGAUGCCUGAGGCCAUGACCUUUGAAGAAGCUGCUGCCUUGCUGGUCAAUUAUGUCACAGCCUACAUGGUCCUUUUUGACUUCGGCAAUCUAAGGCCUGGCCACAGUGUCUUGGUCCACAUGGCUGCAGGUGGUGUGGGAAUGGCGGCUGGGCAGCUAUGCCGCACUGUGGAGAAUGUGACGGUGUUUGGAACAGCCUCAGCCAGCAAGCACGAAAUGUUGAAGGAGAAUGGGGUCACACACCCGAUCGAUUAUCACACCACUGACUAUGUGGAUGAGAUCAAGAAAAUCUCCCCCAAAGGAGUGGACAUCGUCAUGGACCCUCUGGGUGGGUCAGACACUGCCAAGGGCUACAAUCUCCUCAAACCCAUGGGCAAAGUUGUCACCUAUGGAAUGGCCAACCUGGUGACUGGCCCCAAGCGGAACCUGAUGGCCCUGGCCCGCACAUGGUGGAAUCAAUUCAGUGUGACAGCUCUGCAGUUACUGCAGGCAAACCGAGCCGUGUGUGGCUUCAACUUAGGCAACCUGGAGGGUGAGGUGGAGCUAGUCAGGAGUGUGAUCUUGCGCCUCCUGGAGCUGUACAACCAGGGCCACAUCAAACCCCACAUUGACUCCGUCUGGCCCUUUGAGAAGGUGGCUGAUGCCAUGAAACAGAUGCAGGAGAAGAAGAAUGUGGGCAAGGUCCUCCUGGUUCCUGGGUCUGAGAAGGAGAACUAGAAUGAGGGGGCCAAGGGCUCUUGAGACUGGCCAGGAAGACGUUGGGAAGCCCCAUUCUGUUGACCACCAGCCUGUCACAUUUCAUCCUCUAUCUUAACGCUCUGCCCUUCCUUCCCCCCCCCCCCGCCCCCACCAACGGUCUCUGUGCCGAUGACCAAUUCCCUACCCUGAUCGAGGUCAGGGCUUCCCCCUCCCCCUUCCCACCCUCAGAAGAGGUUGGGAAGUGACCACUUGGAUGUCCAGGCCCUGCCAAGGGGAUGGGGAGGGUGAGAGGGAGGCUGCUUGCUUCCUGGUCCCGCCCUCCACCCCCCCCACCCAGGCCUGCUGUGCUGCUUUUGUGCCAAGGUUAGCCAGUCCCUCCCUUCCCCCACCCCAUGGUAUGUGUGUGCUUCCCUCUCUGCCUCAUCUUCCCUUCCUCUCCUGCCCCAUCACCUCCCCCAAAGAACUGAAAUGUCAGCUCAGGAUAUGGGGCUCUCUGUGUGAAGUCCAGCACGUACCUGUACCUGUCUCUCCCCAGUGUCCCUUUAGCCCAGGCCGACCAUCACUCCUCUCUUGGCCUUGAUCAGUGCUCAGCCUUGUCUUCUGUCCCCAACUUCUUAAGCACAAUUGGAUUUUUUUUUUCACCUCUAGGUUUUCUGCCGUUCUUUACCAAGGCUGCCUCCUACAGCAAGGGCAGGAAUCAAACUGACUUCCUUUAGGCCACGACUCUGGGAGGAUACUGAGCACCCCUUCCCUUCACUGAGGUCUCUGGAUUUUGUUCUCAGUGCCUUAGCGUCGGAAAACCUGUGCUUAUGUGUGUGUGGGUGUAUUGGGGGGGGGGUCCCUCUCUCUAGCCUCUUUCUCCACCCUGUCCUUCCCAGUGCCUUCCUUGUCCUGGUGGAGCUGGGGUUUUCCUGCUCCCCAGUGAAACAACACUGCCAAAUAUCUGUGUAUGUGCCAGCACGUGGGGAGGCCAGCCCCUGGCGUCCAGGGGUGGGGUCGAGGCAAAAGCCUUCACUGUGGUCUGUGCCAUGUCCUGUCUCUUGUCAGUGACAGAGAAAGAGAUGGGAAAGCUUUACCAACCAGAGCACUGAGAGGCACUGCAGUGUCUCCUUCUGGGACCAAAGUGAACAUUGAAGCACAUUCCCUUGGCCUUCAAGGGAGGCCUGCCUGCCUUCUCAGCGAAGAGAGGCAGCUUUUUUCAGUUCACCCUUGAACUUUGUUUACAUGCAUGGGGAGGUGGAGUAGGGGAGUAGUUAGGACCUGGGCCGCUGCUGGAACCAAAGUGGGGACUUCCUGGGGGUGAGGGGUAGCCCCCACCCCUUCUGCAGAGCUGGGAUUAGGGAGGGUUUAUGGCUCCAGACAUUGCCUAUGGGAGAGGGGAGGGGAGGGGUUCAGCUUGUUCCUAAAUGUCAUCUAAAUGAGGCCUCGAUGUGGGAAGUCAAUUUCUGCUUUUGUGUUCCCCACCCCAUUACCACAGCUGCCUUUGUGUUUGUGUCAAUAAAAAGCCAAACCCUUGGUCCUGGA